CAACAAAGAGAUUUUUUAAAAUUAGAAAAAUAUGGAGUUCUUAAGCAUGAUAAUAGUAUAUAUGAUGUAGUGCAAAUUGAUGAUCAUAUAAUGAAAACAUAUGCGGUGCAAAUUGAAACACCAAGUACUUGUAUAUGUUUACAUCCAUGGCAUACUAGAACUCCAUAG